AUGGAUGAAGGCAUUAAACAUUUGAUAUCUGCUCGAAGAGAUGUCCUCGGUGGCCGGUGCUGUUGGUGGUCACUGGUCACAUUGAUCGAGCUCUUGUCCCUGCAGGCUGCAGCUGCAGUUCUUAAGGUUUUCAAUGCCAUUCUUGAAAAAUCUUUAUCUGAUCCUCAAUCUGAUAUCCCAGGGUAUCUUGGCUCAAGGAGGCGUCUAGGCUCUUGCGGGAGAAUUGUGCGACGGCAAUUCAAUGGAAUUGGUGGCUCCGUGACUGGUGAAGAAAAUGGUCACCUCAAUGCUGUUUCGCUGCCUUUUGACAGAGAUCAGUGUUCCAUUGCAAUGUCCUUGCCGAUGUCGGUUGAGGAAGCCUCCAUUGCUCCAUCACCUUUACCAGUGGCUGCCAUACAGAAGCUAUAG